CUGUCCCAGAAUUUCCUGACAGGUAUAAUAGAUUCUUCUUCAUUUAUUUUUAUUAUUUGUUUCCCCUAAAUUCAGUUAUUUAUUUGUGAAUGCACAAUGCGUUCAUAUUAUUUAUGUAGUGCACUUUAAUUCUGGUAAAUCUUCAUACGGCAGGAAAGGGGCGGGGCUUUAUUUUACGUCACUGCCGUCUCACCUGUGCUGCAAUCUUUCUAGAAAAAAUAUUCAGAGCCACGUUCUUCCUAAGUUUUAUCAGACGCUGUAGAUCACAGAGGGAGACAAAUAUGAGAACGAUAUUCUUGCUUAUCUUGUUAUGCUCUUUUAGAAAAUCGACAGCCAGUCACUGGAUGCAGUAUGUCACUGCCAUCACACCAGAAAUCAACUCCACAGUUGGUAAACUGGAUGGUGAGCAGUUUGUGUGCUACCAGAGUACAAGGGUAAUAUCAAAAGCUCAGUGGUUAGAGAACAUCCAUAAUGAUGUCCCAGAUUACUGGAAAAAUGAGAAGAACCGCAUAUGGCGUGAAAAUGAGGACCUCCAACAUCAUCUAAAUCAAAUAGUGGAACACUUUCAUGAUAUUAAAGGUAAUCAUACACUACACAGGACGCAUAGAUGUGAACUUGAUGAUAACGGCACCCAGAAAGGUUUCAUUGGAUUCUCUUACGAUGGGCAAGAUUUCAUCAUUCUGAAUCUGACUACUGGAAACUGGACUGCAGCUAAUGACCGAGCUGAGCGCUUUUUAAAGAACUGGGAAUCUGCCAUAACUGAGUCCAUUCACUGGAAGCACCACCUGAACACCUGCAUUGAAUGGUUAAGGCUGUUGCUGGAACUGAAAGACAGUCACAUGCUGCAAAACCUCACUCCCAUCACACCAGCAAUCGACUCUACUAGUGGUCAUCUGGUUGCUGAUGUGCAGUUGCUGCUGUUGUGCACAAACGCCACAAAGAUCCCAGAGACGGAUGCUGGUAAAGGAUCAGAUGGACGACCAGAUUUGCCAUUAUUCACUAUCUUUGGUGUCAUCGUUCUCUUUCUUGUCGCUGCUGCUGCCUUAUUCUGCAUGAAGUGGAAAAAGAAAAAUGGAGACAUUCUAUUGAAAGAUUAUUUACAGAAUGUGAAUUUUAACAACUGUCCUUUCAAGACCCGUCUUUCAGACUUCACAAGUGUUCCAGUCGAACCCUCCUUUGAAGAUUGAAGCCAUCAUCGACUGCUAUUUCUGUUCAUCAGUGUCCAUUUGGAGUAACUCAGUUUAUCAGUAGUAGGUGAUUUAAUCAUGUCUUAAAGAUGAAGCUUUUUAUUAUGAAACUUGAUGGUCCUGUCAUCCUGAGGUCAGUAUUUGGGCAGUAGGUGAGAGAAAUAACUAAAAAAAAAUUGGUAUUGACUCUUAUUGUCACUGUUAUCAUGCUGGUAUAGUAUAUUCGUCGGUGUGCAAUUACCGACUUCCACUGACAUGGUAGUUGUCAAUGGUGUGUGUUGCUGGUACAAAUAUAGACAAAAAGUAAAAACUUUGGAUCGUUUGGAUUGGAUUAUUAUUCACACGUGUGCUACAGAUGCAGUACAUAGAGUUUGAAUGUUAGACUGAAUUUUAUUUUUAUUUUUUUUUAAACCUUAGAGUUUUCUGUGAAUGUGUUUGGCACUGUGCUGUCUGUUCUGCUGGUGUGUGUGGGUGUGUGAGAGAGAGACUAGUACAAGUGGAUCAGAUACAGCAGUAUUUGCUGAUAGUUAUGACACAUUUUAUUGCUGUUUUACGGCAGAUUAUUUAUGUGAUAUGAAUGGACCAAGUGACAUUGCACUGAGUAAAUGAAUUAUUGUUCAUUUCAUUAAGGACAAAUUUACAUAUUUACUAAUGUUAUUACUCUAUAUUGAAAAUGAAGUGACAUUUAUGUAUUUAUAAACCAGGACAUUUCUCUGAGUGCAAAUGUUUGCAUAGCCUCAAUAAUAACAGUUUUCAGAUAAGAGUUUUCAGACAUUUUCCCCAAUUUCUUUUCCCCGAUUUACUGCCAAUUCCCAAAUCCCCAGCCUCCUCUAUGCUAUUCUGUAACAACCAUCAACAGGAGCUCAUAUCCAUGAUUACUUUUGAAACUAGUUGUAACAUCCACCAUGAUUCCUCUCCAGCCAGUGGUGGACUAAGACAAUAAUUCCGGCAUGGAAUUUGACUCCAUCCCAGGCCACCUUCGCUUGGCCACCUUCUCAACAACAACAAAAAAACAUUCGAAGUAUCUGGAGGAUUUUUAAACAUCACAUUUAAGACUUUUUAAAGACCUUUUUGAGAGCUUCAAAUUAAAAGGUGAAAUCACCGUUAAUGUAUGAUUUUCAAUUUUAUGAUUUGGAUUUUGGAUACUGUGUUUAACUGUUUUUUUUUUUAUCCUGAUGCCUGUUUUUCACACCCAUAUAUUCUGCUUACUGUUUUGGAUUAAUCUGCCCUGUGUUUUUGCACUGCACAUGGAUCCUUCUGGUGUCCCCUUGUGUUAGUUUUGAAACAUAUAGUUUUUCUUUUUUUUAAAGCAACAACAGGAGGAGAUACAAACUUUUGCACUCAGCUGGGCAUUGUUAUGGAAGUGUUUCCAUAUAGUGUUUUCUGCAGAGCAACAUUUAUAUAUAUAUGAGACUCUUUCAUCUUGAAGGAAAUGUUUGGUGUAACUGAAGUAUAAUAAAUUACCUACUGCUUAAAAGAAUGCACUUUGUUACCAGAUAGGAUUUAUAUUAUUUUUUUGUACUAUAUUACUGGUAAAUUGCCUGAUGAACAUGAAUAUUAAGAAUAUAAAGCAUAUUUGUUUGCUUCUAUGUUAUUAACAAAAAACCUGCAUACCAA